UCCUUCCCGAUGCGCCUCCCCCGUUUCCGCAUAAAUGCCGCGCGUCCGGCCGGGCCGGCGGCCUGGCACUCAGAAAGGAACAACACGCAGGAAACUUGAAAGCGCUCGCGAGAAGGAAGAGGAGAGAGAGGAGGAGGACAACGACGGCCUGGGACCCGCGGAUCGCAUCGCCCGCCGGUAGCUGACGCCAUCCGGACCCGUGGAUUUUUCAAGCUUUGGUGGUGCCUCGUCUGUCUGAUCCGCGCUCUGCUGCUUUUCUCCGCCCGCCGCACUGUAUCACAGCCAUAGUACCUGUUCGACAGGUCUAAGGCAUUUAUCCUACAAGUAUAUAUAAACUAGUAAAUAAUGUAUCCUGCAAACCACUACAUGGAUCCAUACCACUCACACUACAGGAAUCACAAUCCCUGCCCUUUCUAUCCUCCUCCCGGAUGGGAAAUUCCAUCCGGUCACCCCCGGGAAAUGGAUUCAUCCUACCAACCACCAACUUAUGGACCUUGGCCAUACAAUGCUGGUAUACAUCACCCGCAGCAUCCUUCUGAGUUCCAUUGCUGCUGUAACCGCAUGUAUCCUUCUGGUUACUACAGUUUCAGACCCCCAUUACCUCAAGAACUUCCACCCCCUCAUCUAUAUUACCAUGGACCAUUUCCACAGCAUUCAAACUCCUGCCCAUCUUACUUUGUCCCAGCACAUCCUUAUCCUGCUGAUCAAAUGCCAUAUGGUUGUGACAAGCUCAAGAGCCAUUGCUGUGGAUGUCCUAACCAUGUGUGCCACGGGGCAGAGAAGAGCAAUGUGAAAAUCGAGGAAGAAAGGCCUGAUGUCAAACUUGAGAAUGAGCACAAGGAUGCUGGUAGCAGCAGAAUAAUUUGCCAUCCAAACAACCAAUAUCCGUCCAUAUGGCUACCAGCUGGCAACUUAGAAGGCCAGGAGAAUGGAAAGCGUUAUGAAUUGGCACCUCAGCUCUUGAAUGGAUGGGCUCCUAUGAGUAGAAAGAUGACAGGGGAUGUGAAGCAACAAGAGCAAGACAAUCAACUCUUAAAUGGAUGGGCUCCUGUGAGUAGCAAGAGGACAGGGAAUGUGACGCACCAAGAGCAGGACAAUCAGAAGGAGAAACAGUUCCAUUGGCCAAUAGUCUGGGUUCCUGCGGGAUAUGAUGAGCCAAAGGAAAAGGUUAAAGAGCUGAAGAUGGGAGAGGCCCCAAACAAUUCUGAAGAGGCUCCUCAAUCACCCAAGAUCAAGGUCAUUCCCCUGUCAUGGUUUGAGAAUGGUCACCAUGAUCAGAAGCCAUCUACCAGGGAUGGAUCUGGAGAUCACGGUGACAGAUCAGCAGUUAAGAACCAACCUGCAGUUACUGAGCAUCGAGAUGGCAUGACAUUAGAAGGAAGCCCUAAAACCACUCCAGUUGUGCCUAAGAGAGUAAACGAUGAGAGGAAACCUUCAAGGGAAAACUACAAGACCAUUCCGGUUGUACCUGAGAACGAGAUUGAUGAAAAGAAGGCCACCACGUACAGAACCAUUCCGGUCAUGAGAGAAACUGAUGAGAAGCAGACUGGCAUGAGUGAAAAGAAAGAGGCAAAGAAGGCCACCAAUGCUGGCAAGGUGGAAGAAAAUGGGAAAACAAAACAUAGUGAAUCAUCAACAGCUAAGCAUUCAAAACUGCCCCCUGUAUGCUUACGAGUGGAUCCUUUUCCAAGAAAGAAAUCUGGAAAUGGUUCUUCAAGGUCUCCUAGCCCACCAACCAGGAAGGAUGGUGACAUGGCCAAGAAGGACAUGAAGCAGGCCCAAGGCCAGAACCUGGAGCCUAAGCAGUCUGAUACAAGGCAUAUCACUGUGUCUGAGGUUAAAGAAAAAUCACCUAAUGAAACAAAGAAGGGAAUGGCCUCUAACAAUGAAACAGUGCAAGCUCCUUCUAUGGAACAUUCAUGGGAGGAAGAAGUUCCCACGAGUAAAGAUGACCAGAAGGUCCAAGCCGGUAGCAGUACCAUUGGGACUCCAGAAAAUUCAGGUGCAAGGAGCUUACAGGGAGGUGUUGUGCAAGAAAAUGCUGGUGCAGAUAGCUUAAAGGGAUAUGACAAAAGCAAAAAUGAGGAUGAGACAGUAAUUGAAACUGAAACUGCAAAAGAUGAUGCCAGAGCAUGCAGAGCCAAUUUAUCAGAACCAGAUGCUGCAGUGUGUAUUCAGUCUGCAUACAGAGGGUAUGAUGUCCGAAGAUGGCAACCUUUGGAUAAGCUUCGGAAGAUCAGGAAUGUGCAUGAACAGAUGCAAGGUGUGAAGAAGCAGCUUCAAUGCCUUGAAGAUUCUUGCAAGAAGCCUACUGAUAAAGAGCAAGUGGCCAUCAGUGAAAAUAUUAUGAAUUUACUCCUGAAGCUUGACACAAUCCAGGGCUUGCAUCCAAGUGUAAGGGAGGCCAGGAAGUCUGCUGCUCGAGAACUGGUUUGUUUGCAGGAGAAACUUGAUUGUUUAUGCAAGCAACCAUCUUGGGAGUUAAAUCGCACAAACAGUGAUGAAGAGAAAUCAGAGAGGGCUGGGAACAUUGUCCCAACUGUAGCUCGUACCGUAACAACUGAAGCAUGUGACAGAGAGGAGCGAGCUGUGGAACUGGGCAAGUUAGAAGAACCAUCUUCAGUGGACUCCAUGGAGCCAUGCGAUGAAGUUCCAUCCGGAAUUCCCAUGGAGGUGGAGCAAGAUGCAGAUGCCAGUGAGCAGAAGAAUGAAAAAGAGGAGUCAUGUAGCACCACAAUGGAAGAAGCAAAUGAAAAGGGCAGAGCUGCUGAACAGUUUGAAUUACAGGUGCCAUCAUCGACGUAUAUGUUAAGUGAUGCAGGUUUGCCUGAAUAUCCCACUGAUAACCAGGAGCACGAAGUUGAAGAAUCAAAUGCCGUUUCAGUGGAACAAGUGACUGAAGAGAAACCUGCUGUCGAGGAUGAAGAAAAAGAGGCGCCAUUAUUAGUGAACUCCACGGAACAGUUGCAUGAUUCAGCUUCCGCAGAGGACUCUAGUAGGCUGAAACAAUGCACAGCUUCGACAGAGCAGAGUCUACAUGCUGAAUCAAAUGCAGGGUUGUCUUCUGCUUCUACUGAGGACAUUAAUGCCACUGCUGUGGCGGCAUCUCUAGAAAGUGGAGUGGCAGCUGAGAAAGAUGGCUCAGUUGACGGUCAGGUGCAUGGAACUGCAGCUGUAGAAAGCAUGGAGCUGAAACGUGAUGCUUCUCUUGCUGAAGAAGAUCAGCAGAGAGAAUUGAGCAGCCCAAUUGUUCAUUUGGAGGAUUCAUCAGUGUCUUUACAGGAUGAAGGACAAUAUGAUCCAAGUCCUGCAGAUGACUCCGUUAUGUCUAACACAAAAGAUCGAUCAGAGGAAGCCACAGAUAUCAGCAUUCAGGAACAAGCUGUGGAUACAAUGCAAGAUUCAACGGAAGAACCAGAUGGAAUCCUGGAAGCUUCAAUGAAUAAUGUAGAACUUUCUGCUUCUGCAGAUGCAAAAAAGCCUGAUCAGCCUGCCUUACUGGAACCAAUUUUGAAGCCUGACUCAGACCCAGAACAAACUGUCGUGGAUGAGUCUGAUGAUGCAGUACAAUGUGGGGUUUCUCGCAAGGAUGAGCAACCACAUGAGGAUCAGAAAACUGAAGCUACUGUUGACAAGCUAACAGGAGGUUCCACAAAUGAUGGAUAUUCUCUUCUCAGGGCAUCAAGGAAGGAGCCUGACAUUCAGGAGAGUCAUCCUAACCUUGCAGAAGAGGCAGAUGAUACAAGGGAUGAAAAUGAAAUAGUCUUCCCUGAAUUGGACAGCUAUGAAUUAUCAUGUGCACACGAAGGUGCCAUCACAGGUCAUGAGAGAUCCGAGACAGGGGCAUCGUCGAAGAGCCAAACUGAUGUGCAGAAGGAUGAUGCAAAUGUGGCUGUGUCUGAGACAGAUGCAUGCACUGAGACGCUGAAAGAAGCUCCAGUGGACUCGUCGACAUCCAGUUCUGCUGAGGAUGUUGGUGUGCAGGUGCCUGUGACUGAAAAAUGCACAGAGAUGCCGGAAAAUUCUGCUGAAGAUGUAGGUGUUCAGAUGUCUGUGACUGAAAAAUGCACUGAGAUGCCCAGUGAUGCUCAAGUUGGUGCAUUGGGAGCAAAUUCUGCCGAGGAUGUUGGAGUGCAGGUAUCUGUGAUGGAAAAAUGCACUGAAGAUGCUUCUGUACGUGCAGCAGGUGCAAAUGCUGCUGAAGAGGAAGCUCAUAACCUGAAACAAGACAUCGCUGUACAGAUGGAGAGCAAGGCUUCUGAAGAAGCAUUAUCUGAUGCUGCAACUCCUGACGAUGGUCUGAAGGACAGUGGCGAGAAGAAGCUGGCCGAAGAAAACCAGCAGCUGAAAGAACUUCUGCAGAAGCUGCUUGCAUCCGGCAACGAUCAAAUGGGGGUCAUCACAGACCUAAGCGAGAAGGUGAAGGCACUUGAGCGCAAGUUGGCACGCAAGAAGAGACCAAAAGUGAGGGUGCACAGGCCGUCCGGGCAUGCGACGGCCAAAGUCCACUGAAAAAGAUGAUCUCUUGAGGUUUGAGGUGUGGAUCCCAUGUUACUACUUGCAUCCAUGUUGUAUCUGCAUUGUACAUCUGUGUUGCGGCACUGUGCUACUGCUGUGUGCUGGGAACACAAGGUCUUGUACGUGCUGUAUUAUGUGUGUAUGUGUAAUGAAUCCAUGCUGAUCUGAUGUUUUGUGGGAAAGUGAUCGCGACGAAUGUCGAUGUCGUUAUACAAGCUGUAUAUCUGGUUUUGACUUGCUUGUAAUGAAACUGGUGAGAUGUAGUGCUGGUGUUGCACAACAGCCUGCAGAUACAGGUUGGGCCGUGCAUCGCUUUCAUGGAA